AUGCCUCUCUUGUCAUUGCCACCUGAACUCUUCCACCAGAUAAUUUCUACACUAUCAAACAGUGACAUCAAAUCGCUGCGCUUGACGUGCCGCCUUCUCUGCGACGUUGCUCGCCUCCGUCUCUCUCGCAUCUUCCUUUCUGCAAACCCGCUGAAUAUCCGAGUAUUUUGUGCGGUCGCAGAACAUCCAUUAUUUCGCCAGCAGGUAACGGAGAUAGUGUGGGAUGAUGCUCUUCUGAUCGACGAUCCAUCGCCAGAACCUGAUUCGUAUGGAUUUGACGCAGUUAUCGGAUCGGACGACGAGGAGGAGAACAACGACUGCCCGAAGUGGUUUGUCGCAAGAUGUAAGAAUAAUCUCGAUGAGCUGUCAGUGCGGAUGGACCGAAAUGAAGAUGGAUGGUACAACGCGGAGCGUUUCGCCCAGCGGGAUGCGCGACCGUCGCUGUGGACCUGUUGGCAGUAUUAUCAGAACCUCCUCGCGCAACAAGCCGAAGUCUUGAUUCGUCAGAGUGACGUGGAGGCUCUGGUUCGUGGCCUUCGAAGGUUUCCUGCUCUAGAGAGAAUCACUAUCACCCCUGCCGCUCACGGUUGGUUAUAUCAGCCACUCUACGAGACGCCGAUGAUCCGGGCAUUCCCCAACGGCUUUAACUACCCAAUCCCGCCCAAAAAGCAGUGGCGGGGAGUCCGGCUUGUUCUGCGUGCAUUGGCCCAGCAUCCUGGUCAUCGCGUGGUCGAGCUAAUCCUGGAUGUUAAUCAGCUGGAUACGGGGCUCAAUUGCACCAUCUUCCACCAGCCGUGCGAGGAGGUCGAGAACCUGGUGGCCCUGCUGCGACGCCCCGGGUUCCGCCGCCUGGACCUUCCCCUAAUUGUCCGUGGCCAGGAAUAUGAGGAGUGGCCCGCCUUCCGCAACGGAAACCUGCGCCGCGCCUUGGGUGAGGCAUCGAGCUUGGAACAUCUCAGUCUCUAUACGACAAUCGAGGUCGACUCAGUGACUAAUCUAAGGUGGCAGGGGCAACAAUGGAGAGAGCCCGGGCAGAGAUCAUCUCGCUUUCAUUUCACCUCUCUUCACACUAUGUUCCCAGUGGCAAUCUGGUCGGGAUUGCAAACCUUGAAGCUAUCUCGGUUCAUUGUGAUCCAGGACGACGUGAUGUCUCUCUUGGAGCAACUGCCGGCCCUCCGAGUGAUUGAAUUGAGCUUCUUGGGAUUUCUAGAUAACGGGGGCAAUUAUAGGGAUCUCCUAAUCGAGAUUCGCAAGAGGUUUCGGUGGUCGGAAAGAGACCCGGAGUCGAGACCCAAGCUGAUAGUUGCGGUUGCACCCUGGCCCCCUCGACCGGGCCUGGGAAUUUGGCUCGACGAAGAGGUACACUCCUUUCUCUAAGACCAUGGUCAAAACCCUUUCUCCAUCUUCCGCGACGCUCCGAACCAAGUACCCCAGGGAACAGGGACACUUCGGGAUUCCUUCGAGCCAGGCCAUGAGCGCCCUUACUUUGGCUCAUGCAAGUUCCUGAGUACCGCGGGAAUCGACAAUCGUCGCAACACUCGAGUGUUUAGAGAACUACAUGCUUAGAUAAUUAUGUAAGAGGUAAGAAAAUGGUUGAUUACCAGGAUGGCUACGAAACACGAGCGUACCCUUUCUUUGGGGGGCUAGAACAGAA